GAGUGACGCUGGCACAGCACGCACGCCUCUCCAACCACUCCAGAGCACGGCCAAAACACACGAGACAUGAACAUACAGCCGCGGAGGAUCUAAUCUGUGACUUAUUCCCAAAUGGAGAUGAGAUUGUGACGUUUUUGGACAAGUUUGCACGCUUGGUUGUUUUACACCGGACCUCGUGUGCGUAAAAAGGGGGGUUGCAGUUAAAGGAGCGCUCAAGGAUUCGGACUUAACUUUAACUGUGAUCUGGAAGUUUAAUCUCAUGACUUUUGGAAACUCAUCAAGUUGGCUCUGCUCUGUUUAAAGGCGAGCACACAUCUGCGUCGCUUCAAUGACUUGGCCUUCAACAAUUUGAUUCCCAAUGAUCGUGUCUUGGAUUAUCACUGAAGCAUAGUUUUGGCCCCAGUACGGGGAGUGGAAUUUUAAUUUUAUUUUUUGCUGGAAUUUUUUGUAUACGUAAAAUAUCGCGUGGGAACUGUUAAAGUUUUUUGGCAAACAUGGAUUGCGUUUCAUCUUUUCUUGGAUUUUUGCUAUUACAUCUCGUGUUAAGAAUCAGCGGUGAAGACGUUCCAGAGUGUGGGGGAAUGUUGGAUGCCAGCGAAGCUGGGUACAUAACUUCGCCCGGGUACCCUCUAGAGUACCCGCCCCAUCAGAACUGUCACUGGGUUGUCACAGCACCCGAGCCCACCCAACGCAUCGCACUCAACUUCAACCCACACUUUGAGAUCGAGAGACUCGACUGCAAGUAUGACUUUAUCGAGAUCCGAGAUGGGACUUUGGAAAAUGCAGAUGUUUUGGGGCGUCACUGUAGCAACAUCGCUCCUCCUCCAAUCAUCUCGUCUGGACCUGCUCUGCAAAUCCGUUUUGUGUCUGACUAUGCCCACCAGGGGGCAGGCUUCUCUCUGCGCUACGAGAUUUACAAAACUGGUUCAGAGUUUUGCUUUCGUAACUUCAGCAGUCCGUCGGGAAUGAUCGAGUCUCCGGGUUUUCCUGACAAAUACCCGCACAACCUGGAAUGCUCGUACAUGAUUAUAGCCCCUCCCCUCAUGGACAUCACACUCACCUUCAUGACCUUUGACCUGGAGAACGACCCCCUGCAGGUGGGAGAGGGUGACUGCAAGUACGACUGGCUGGACGUGUGGGACGGCCUGCCACAGGUCUCUCCUCUGAUUGGUCGAUACUGUGGUACUAAGAUCCCUCCUGAGAUCCGCUCUUCAUCGGGUCUCCUCUCCCUUUCCUUCCACACGGACAUGGCAGUCGCUAAAGAUGGCUUCUCUGCGCGCUAUAACAUGACACACAAGGAAGUCAGUGAUUCCUUUCACUGCAGUAUGCCGUUGGGGAUGGAGUCGGGGAAAAUCAGUGACGACCAGAUUUCAGCAUCUACCACUUUUUAUGACAGUCGUUGGUUGCCACGGCAAGCUCGGCUCAACAACGAUGACAACGCCUGGACGCCAUCGGAGGACAGCAACAAGGAGUUUAUACAGGUGGAUCUUCACUUCCUCAAAGUCCUGACCGGGAUCGCGACACAGGGGGCUGUUUCCAAGGAGACGCAAAAGUCCUACUUUGUAACAUCAUUCAAACUAGAGGUCAGCACCAACGGAGAGGACUGGAUGGUUUAUCGCCACGGCAAGAGCCACAAGACAUUCCAUGCUAACACAGACCCAGCAGAGGUGGUGCUGAACAGAGUGCCUCAGCCUGUCUUAGCACGCUUUGUACGGAUCAGACCUCUGGCCUGGAAGAACGGGAUAGCACUGCGCUUUGAGCUGUACGGAUGCCAAAUCACAGAUGCCCCAUGCUCCGAGCUCCAGGGAAUGCUCUCCGGCCUCCUUCCUGAUGCCCAAAUCUCAGCCUCCUCGUCCAGGGACAUGGUCUGGAGCCCUGGCACCACCCGCCUCGUGGCUAGCCGUUCUGGGUGGUUCCCCGCAUCAGUGCAGCCCAUUGCAGGAGAGGAGUGGCUACAGGUGGACUUGGGCAUUCCUAAAACCGUACGUGGGGUGAUCACUCAGGGAGCCAGAGGAACAGACGCAGAGAGUGGAGCCACUGGAGAGAAUCGCGCUUUCGUCCGUAAAUAUAAAGUGGCCUACAGUGUCACCGGAAAAGACUGGAACUUUGUCACUGACAGCAAGACUAGCAUGCCCAAGAUUUUUGAAGGGAACCUGCACUACGACACCCCUGAGCUCCGACACUUUGAGGAAGUGGUGGCUCAGUAUGUGAGGUUGUACCCAGAGCGGUGGUCUCCAGCUGGGAUUGGAAUGAGAGUCGAGGUCCUAGGAUGUGAUCUUCCGGAACUGUCCACUCCUGCUGACACAGUGACACCUACUCCGCCUCCGGUCACAGAGACAACUAGCAUUCCCGUGACCACAACAGCAGCCACAGCACCCUCUACAAAUGAAGUGUGUGACUUCGACCAUGGUCUGUGUGGAUGGAUGCACGACCCCAACGCUCCUCUCAUGUGGUCACUACAUAGUCAUGAGUUGAACAGCUACCUGCACAUCGACGCAAACAUGAAGACCCAGAGACAACGUGCUCGUCUGUUCAGUCCAGUGGUGGGGGCUGACACUGGACCCCUCUGUCUCAUCUUCUCCUAUCAGAUGUGGGGUGAUGCGGAAGGGCAUCUGAACAUCAUACUCCGAGACAACGAACUGGACGAGACACUACUGUGGACCCUAACCAAUGACCAGGGGCCAGUGUGGAAGGAGGGAAGGACUGUACUGCCCCGAUCUCCAAAAGACUUCCAAGUGGUGAUGGAGGGCGUCUUUGAUCAUGGCACUCGGGGACACAUCUGGAUUGACAACCUCCACAUGAGCUCAGGAAUCCCCCUAGAGGACUGCACACAGCCAAUCGCAGCCUUUUCUCCUGAAGUCACCGAAGUGAGAAAACCAGUGGAGUCUGGAGAUGGACGACUUUUCAGUGGAAGAAACUCACUCAAUGGAGGUUUCCCGUUCUCAGACUGGAACACCCCCUCCCCCUCCUCAGACCCUCCAGUUACACUGGUCUCAGAGAAGGACAACUCGUGGCUCUAUACCCUGGACCCUAUUUUGGUGACCAUCAUCGUCAUGUCAUCUCUAGGAGUCCUGUUGGGAGCUGUGUGCGCAGGUCUGCUCCUCUACUGCACAUGUUCCUACAGUGGUCUGUCAUCAAGAUCAUCAACAACGCUUGAAAACUACAACUUCGAAUUGUACGAUGGGCUCAAGCACAAAGUGAAGCUCAACCAACAACGGUGCUGUACAGAGGCGUGAAAAUGAACUAAAUCAGGACAAGAAAGAUUGACAAGACAUAGCGGCCAUUUUGUGGAACUAUAUCUGUAAAGAGACACUUUAUGAAUAGACACAAAAUGGAAAACAAAGUUUACUUAAUCCAAACUCAACCAACAACAAUGCUGUACUGGGGUAUGAAUAUGGACCAAAUCAGGACAAGACAUGUGGAAUUAUAUCUAUAAAGACAGAUUACUUUUUUAAUGCAGAAAACACAACAAUGCUGCUGUACGAAAACUUAAAAAUUUACAAAAUCUGGACCAGAAACACCUGCCAUUUUGUGGAAAUAUAACUGUAACGACCCUUUCUGAAUAGGUACAAAAUGGCAGAUGGAGUUUAAACCAAUGUCAACCAACAAAGCUGCAGGACGGUGGAAUGAACAAAAACAAAAUUUGGACAAUAAAUUACAUCCAUUUUGUGUACCAUCCACUAUUUCUGUACAGUCACUUCCUGAGUAUAGAAACCACAAAAUGGAUGAUACUUUAGCCAAUUUCAAACAACAACACUGCUGCUCAGAGGCAUGAAAAUAUACCAAAUUAGGACAAGAAAUAUGGACAAGGCACAGUGGCCAUUUUGUGGAAAUAUAUCUAUAAAGAUGGAUUACUUCCUUAAUGGAGGAAAAACAAAAUGGCAGAUAAAGCUCAACCAACAACGCAGAUGCAUGAAGGAAUUGAGAAUGUAGAACACAAAUAGUGGCUCCCUCUUUUUAGCAUUACUUGAGGUAAAAACUAAUGUUAACAUUUGGACAAAAACAUGAUGGACAAAGCGGCUAUUUUGUGGAAUAUUAUUGUAAAAUCACUUCCUAAACAGACAAACCACAAAAUCUCAACUACCUGUACAGAAGCAUGAAGAUCAACUAAAUCUAGACGUCAAAACAUGGACAAGAAACAGCGGCCAUUUUGUGAAGCCUAUCCAUAAAAAACGGCGUUAUUUUCUGAUAAAACAAUAAACAACAUGAUGGAUGCAGUUUUAGCCAAUCUCAACCAACAACACGACUGCAUAGUGUGAAAAGAAAUUAAAUCUAGACUUCAAAUUGCGGCUAUUUUGUCAAACUUCUUCUGAAUCUUCUGAUUAUUCCAAAUAGACAAACCACAAAAUGGUGGACGAAGUUGCAGCCAAUCUCGCCCAAAUACACGACUGCACAGCAUGAAAACAAAUAUCUAAUCUGAACUUCAAAUUCAAUUCAAGUGUGACAAUUAUAAGAAAAAAGUUUUAUUAUUUUUACAAAAACAUGGGCAUUUUAUGAAUAGAUAAACUACACAAUGCAGGACUAAGUUACAGCCAACAAGGUUACAACAUCAAUAAAGAAUAUCUGGACUCUUGUCCUUGGGAAUGAAGGCUUUCCAUUAAAACAAAAACUGAGCUUGAAACAUGCAAACUUGUGGUAUUUCUGUAUUUUGGAUAGACAAACAUAAAAAAUGUCAAAACGUUAAAGUAUUACCAGUAAUACAAAACACACAACGGCAACCAUUUUCAAAGUACGCAAUCACAAUUUGAAGCGAAUAUCGGGCAAAAGUGGACACUGCUAUCAUAGCUUAAAUGUUGGCAAGCUGGACCGAUAUGUUAACUCCUCAACGAACAAGCCUCAAAAGUAGACAGUUCUUUGUACAACAGACAGAAACAAAGAUUGUCAGCUAUUUAAGGCCUCAAAUGAAAUCACAAAGUACUGGAAGUGUUAAUAAUGUUUGGAUAUUGUAAGCUAUUUUGGAAAGAUGGUAGAAGUUAGAAAUUGUCAGCGAAAGUGGCCUAGAUAGCUCCUUUGUGUGGCCAUUUUUGUUAUUACACCUAUCGAAACUUCACCCUCUGUGGUAAUUUUAGUCUAUAGACUUUCCUUGCACUGUUUUAUGUUGGCGCCAAUGUGGUAGAAAGACUUAAGAGAGGCAUUUUGUACAUUUUUUAAAGCAAUUUUAUGUUUUUAAUUGUUUUGUUGGAGACUGUUGUUCCUUGUCCCCUGUCUUGUUUAUAAAGAAUGGCGGAUUAACAGAGUUUUGCAACCUAUGGAUUGCGAUAAAAUUGUGAAAUGGACUUCUUUUUUUUUUCUUAAGAUGGAAAAAUGCACAUCGGAAAGUCAAAAAUGUUGGAAUAGCCUAGAGUGACAAGGAAAGACACUAGUUUCCUGUGGAGCAUAUAAAAGCCAUGGAAGUAAGGACCUAUACCCCUAAAAAUUCUACAUUUUGGGAUGAUUUUAUAUAAUUUUGGACCGUUUUUGAAACACAAACUUCUGAAUGGACUGAAGCCAUGAGAAGGAGAGUGUCGCAUGUUCACUGACCCCUUAUUUCAUAAACACAGUGGAUUUAAAUGUACAAAGUAAGAAACAUGUCAAUGGAAGCUGGGGUUAUGCAGAUGGGAUGGGGAAGAUUGACAAAUGUAAAAAACCUAAUUUAGACAUUGCUUAAAAUGAACCAGUUUCCACAAAUUGACAAUGUAUUUGAAAUGCACACAUUUUGUUUUACUUUUUGCCAAUUGCAGAUUAAAAAAUAUAUAUUUAUUUUGAAUUUUGACCAAAUAACCAAGAAAAAAAAGUCAUAGUUUUAAUCAAGACUUGUUAAUUGAUUUUUACAUUUCUAAAUGAAUGUUUUGAUGAAAUAAAAUUUUCCCUACUCCAGUGCCUAACCCAGCUUCACAAACACCACUAGGAGGUGCUCUACAAAUGAAUGGAUACCAUUUGCUGCUGAGAGGCCUGAAUUUCACAUUUGGUUUAUUAUAUUUUUGACCUGCUCUUCUUCUCUGGACCCCGCAGACUCUAUCAAAGUGCCUAGGCCUUCAGAGCCAGUAUUGGACACACACAAACAGUGACACCUUCCCCUGGUGGCGGGAGGAAGGACCACACGCCCCCUUGUUUUUCGCACUGCUCAGACUGCUGUUUUGUUUUAAAGGGGCUUUGUACAGAAAUGCUCUUUUUAUGAUUGUUAUUAUAAUUAUUGUUAUGAUUAUUUAAUAAAGGAUUUAUACCA